ACAAUUUCUCCCUUUGAUCGUCAUAACUGAAUUCGCCAAAAGAGGGCAUUAGAAACCAUUUAGCCAACUUAAUUGGACAAUAAAAUAUCUGUUGAUCUGACGGAGUCACGGACACAUAUAAAGAGUCGACUGACAACAAGACACAAUUACUUUCCCUCUCCUUUAAUCAGCAACGCGCACGAUGUAUAUUGCGAGAGGUCUACUUAUUCUUUCAUUUGGAUCCAUGCUGAGGAUAACCUCCUGUUUCAGCGAUGGAGGCUUAUUGGCGGAUCAAUGUCAAGCAAUGAAUAUUAACCAUCCUGAUGGAAAUGAUAUUGAUAUACCAGCACAAGACACGGAAUACCCUUUCAAGGUCGAACCAGAAAGUGUGAAGUUGAACGUCUCGAUGCCCCCUAUUCCCGUGACCCUUUCGGGUGGACCGGGGUUUUCAGGGUUUAUGUUGGACUCGCGUGAGAAAGAUAAUGGUCCGUCUGUUGGUACGUUUAGUUUGGAGGACCUGGACAACACCCAACUCAUCUGUGGUGGCAGUGUCGUUGUUCAUGUUAAUAAUCUAAAUAAAAACUCAAUCAGAGUGUUGUGGACACCCCCACCGGCAGCCCCAGGACUCAAGACUCAGACUCAAGAAUUUUUCUUCAGAGCUGCAGUUGUGGAAAACUAUUCUAAGUUUUGGCGAAGGAAGCCGAUAAUCAUAACAUCCACAACACCACCGCCCUCUGAAACAGGCACAUCCACAGCACCACCGAUCUCUGAAGCCAACAGUACGGACCUAACUACAACCACAACAAAAUUUACAACAUCAAAUAAAGACUCACAGGCUCCAGCUCUCCCCACAGCACCAAUGAUCCCUGAACCCAGCAUUAUACAAACAAACCCAGCUACAGACAAAAGAAACCUUGAGGUUAAAAAUGAGGUUAAAGGCAACCGCGCAUCAUGGUCAAUCUCUCAAGCCAUCAGUAUAAACAUAACUUCAGGCACAUCAAUAUUUGUAUCAAUAUCAAAUGUCUUUCAAGCUCCAGUCUACUGUUCGUGCCGGAACUUAUGGGAUCCUUUAAACACUUUGUAUGCAGUUCUGAUGUUCUGGAGUUACAUUUUUUUGUUAUAAGUUUCUUCUUCGUUAAAGGUUUAAAUGUUAAGGCUGAAUCCCAAUUCUCUGUCUUAUUCUCUGUUUUUUAAUGAUUACAAUAAUACAAUACAAAUACGAUAAUGAAUGGCUACAACAUGAACGCAUGACUCACUCUCAUAGUUGCUUUGCAGCAUAUUUUGAUCUUAGAAACUUCAGCUUGUUUUCGUCCCGAAAGUGGAUCAGCUGCCGGGUUUCCUCAUGCGUCCCUGUGUGAUACAGGACAGUAUAUGUAAAGGAUAGAUGGCUCCAGGGUGACCAUACAACGUCCUCUUUUUCCCGGACAUGUCGCCUGGAUUUCGGGAUCAUACAUUUUUGUCAUAGUUUUUUAAACAAUCAUUUAAGUACUUAAGUACGAAAAUACAUUUAUGGGACUCUCUGGAUGGUAUGCCCACCAUUGUUGCUGGUUGCGCAGUGCAUUCUGGGUUCCCCCUUGGUUUUAAGCAAGCUUGCGAAAAUUCUUGGUUUUAAGGGGUAUCUACCCCUUCCCCUUAGCCCUACCCCUAUAUCAAAAUGAGAAUUGGGAAUUGGGAUAGCCCUUACUCUCACGUGAACUUGCAAAACUAAGCGAAAGGGGUAAGACAGAAUUGGGAUUCGGCCUAAAUCCUAUGUUGCUAAAUUAUUUUAUGUUGUUAUAUUAUACUAUGUUGCUAAAACUGGUUAUUGAAUUAAUUUAGUGUCUUGUGUUACUAUGAUUGAAUUUGUGUGCACCUUCUAGUAGUAUUGACAUAUGGAAAAGGUCAUAUGGAAAAACGUCAAAUGGGGGUCAAAUGGUCAUAUGGAAAAACUUCUUGUGAUGGAAUUCAGGCUACAUUUAUCUUACUAAGUACUACCUGUGUUUUUGGUGGUUAUCAGUAUAUUAUAGAGGUUUAGAGGUUUGGGAUAUUAACACUAUCAGUUAAGAAAAUACCUGUCUUUACUGUAAAUUUAAGGUCGAUGUCGAUGCAAGUACAAGCAAUUAACAAAUGCAAGCAAUUAACAGUCAUUUUUGGUUUCAUGUCUCAAUUUGACUGGUACAAUGGUCACAUACCCACAGAAGUAAAACAAAAGGUUAUAAGAUUUAUAAGAGUUUAUAGAUACUUUGGUUACUGUGCUGGAUGUGCCCUCUCCCAGGGUCUUUGCAAAUUCAUAAAAAUGAAUUGAUAGUUCAUUUCUGAAUUUUGGAUAUAUUUUGACUUGGUUUGAGUUUUUAAAGAGAUGUUGCAAAAGCGAAUCUCUAUAGCCAGAUCAGCCAGUAGUAGUGUCUAUUUUUCUAAUGUUAGAUAUGCAUGUACUCUUUAUUUCUGAGCAAUGAUUGGCAUGAUACAUUUACCUGACUAAUAAUAAAUUGUUACAUUUGAAUUUA